CCAUGGGUCUGGAGCUCUACCUGGACCUUCUGUCUCAGCCCUGCCACGCCGUCUACAUCUUCGCCAAGAACGGCAUCCCCUUCGAGCUGCGCCCCGUGGACCUGGUCAAAGGGCAGCAUGUGAGCAAGGACUUCUCCCAGGUGAACAGCCUGCAGAAGGUGCCUGUCCUUAAGGAGGGUGACUUCAUCCUGACUGAAAGCGCGGCCAUUCUGAUCUACCUGAGCUGUAAGUACCCGACGGCGGACCACUGGUACCCCUCUGACCUACAGACCCGUGCACGCAUCCAUGAAUACCUGGGCUGGCAUGCCGACUGUAUCCGUGGCACCUUUGGUGUGCCCCUGUGGACCCAGGUGUUGGCACCGCUCAUGGGUGCCCAGGUGCCUGAGGAGAAGGUGGCACGCAACAGGGCUGCCAUGGACCAGGCACUGCAGUGGCUGGAGGACAAGUUCCUGGGGGACAAGGCCUUCCUUGCUGGCCAGCAGGUGACGCUGGCUGAUCUCAUGGCGCUGGAGGAGCUGAUGCAGCCCGUGGCUCUUGGCUAUGCCCUGUUUGAGGGACGACCACAACUGGCAGCAUGGCGUGGGCGAGUGGAGGCUUUCCUGGGUGCCGAGCUGUGCCAGGAGGCCCAUGGUCCCAUCUUGAGCAUCCUGGAACAAGCAGCCAAAAAAUUACUCCCAGUGCCACCUCCAGCAGCCCAUGCAACUAUGCUACGUCGUAUUGCUAGGAUCCCCUGAGGUAUCUGGGAUGGGGGCCCAGAGAUGAGCAAUAAAGAUUCAUUCUGCUUCUUA